GGGCUGCAUAAGUCCUAGGUAAGGACCCCCAAGAGGUUGUACCGGCUCUGCUUCGUCCGGGCUUAAGGUCUGAACUCUGUGCCCAGUGAGUCAGGGCUGAGGCAGUUCCUGCACCAAUCUCCUGGAGCUCAUCUCUGAGCCCUCUAGGCAUGAGGGACCCCCCACCUCACCUCCAAACCCCACACCCGCAGGCAAGCAAUGCGCGCUCCCGAUUGCAGAGCGCGCGCCCAAGGGAGGAAAGGGAGGGCGCGAGGGCAGCCUAGGCCCCGCCCCCUGCGCUCUUAUAAAGCGGAGGAACGAGAGCCGGCCACUCAGUGGUUUCUUGGUGACAUUAGGCGGAACGGGUCGAACCUUGCCAUCUCUGGUUUCUCACCGCAGCUUGGACGUCUGGGUUUUGCCACUGCCAGAGCGACGUCUCAGACUUAAUCCUCCAAAGAUCUCGGCAGAUCACCCCCUCAAGCAGGGUCUACGCAUCGACGCUGGGAUGAAGCUGGUUCCCGUCGCCCUCAUGUAUCUGGGCUCGCUCGCCUUCCUAGGCGCCGACACCGCACGGCUCGACGUGGCGGCAGAGUUCCGAAAGAAAUGGAAUAAGUGGGCUCUAAGUCGUGGAAAAAGAGAACUUCGCGAGUCCAGCAGCUACCCCACCGGGCUCGCAGAUGUGAAGGCAGGGCCUGCCCAGACUCUCGUUCGGCCGCAGGAUGUGAAGGGCGCCUCUCGCAGCCCCCAGGCAAGUCCGGACGCCGCCCGCAUCCGAGUCAAGCGCUACCGCCAGAGUAUGAACAACUUCCAGAGCCUGCGGAGCUUUGGCUGUCGCUUCGGGACGUGCACGGUGCAGAAACUGGCGCACCAGAUCUACCAGUUCACGGACAAGGACAAGGACGGCGUCGCCCCCAGGAGCAAGAUCAGCCCCCAGGGCUACGGCCGCCGGCGCCGACGCUCCCUCCCCGAGGCCGGCCUGGGACGGACUCUGUCUUCCCAGGAGCCACAGGCGCGCGGGGCCCCGGCCUCCCGGGCUCAUCAAGUGUUCGCCACCCUCCUUAGGAUUUAGGCGCCUGUGGCAGCAGCGAACAGUCGCACAUGCAUCCCGCCGGCGCCUCCCGGGACGGAGGACUUCCCCUAGCCGAGCCUCUCAGCCUAUGGGACCCGGGCUGAGACAGCCCUGAGAGACCGAGAGUCCGGGAGGUACCGUCCGGCGGCGAGCCCUGGCUUUGCAGGACCCCGUCCACCUCGGAGGCAGUGUUCUCUUCACCCUAAUUCGGCCCGGGUGCCCCGGGUGGGGAGGGGGGUGCAGAGGAAUCCAAAGGAGUGUCCUCUGCCAGGCUCAUGGAGAGGAGAAACUGCGAAAUAAAUGCUGAGACCCCCAGGGGCAAGGGUCUGAGCCACUGCCGUGCCCGCCCACAAACUGAUUUCUGACGGGGUGUCACCCCAUCGGGGCGCAAGCCUCACUAUUACUUGAACUUUCCAAAACCUAGAGAGGAAAAGUGCAAUGUGUGUUGUAUAUACAGAGGUAAUUAUCAAUAUUUAAGUUUGUUGUGUCAAGAUUUUUUUUGUAACUUCAAAUAUAGAGAUAUUUUUGUACGUUAUAUAUUGUAUUAAGGGCAUUUUAAAGCAAUUAUAUUGUUCCCCUCCCCUCUAUUUUAAUACGUGAAUGUCUCAGAGAGGUGUAACGUUGUGUGCUGCGUGGAAUGUGAGCGUGUAUGCGUGAAAGAGAGACUGGUUGCCUCUUGUGGAAGAAGAAAACACCAUGUCUGUAUAAUCUAUUUACAUAAAAUGGGUGAUAUGCGAAGUAGCAAACCAAUAAACUGUCUCAAUGCUGA